CAGUCUUUGUUAGUGCACGUGGUAGCUGUGGUACACGGAGUGAGUGCAGUCGUAUUCCGGACACUUUUCAAACUUUAUUUAUUUAUAAUUUAUAUUAGUUAGUAAUAGUAGUCCCCGUCAUUUGGGCAUCACAGUGAGAUAGUGCAUCUAAGAAAUUUUGCUGCUGCGAAGGGAUGCGAACUAAAAGUUGUUCUUUUCUUCAGCAUUAUCAUCAGAGGCUUGUGACGUGAGCGAAGUGCUUUUGGAAGUUGCAUGUGUUCAGUGAACUUAUUAUCCUGUAAUAAUUCACUCUCCAAAUUGCAAGGCAGGAUAAGGAAUUAUGGAAAUAGCCAGGCGAAAGUACAAGAGUGGAGUGCGUUCUAGCACAGUGAGAAGUAACAGUUGCGGGGGAGGAAGCGGGGGAACAAGGGCAGCCUGCGAAGUGCGUCGCGCGUACAAAGCGGCCGUGGUGCCGUGCAAGACGGGCCGCAGGAGGGCCCGUGGCAUGAGCAUGGGCCAGAAGGUCUCAAGCGGAGUUAAGGUCGUGAACCGGGACGCGGCCGCCCCUUACAAACCCGUCAUUCCCAGGGAGCUGGCACAGGACUUUGCGCGGCCCCCGCGGCUCGACAUGCUGCUGGACAUGCCGCCCGCGCUUAGGGAAACUCAACUCAAAUACAGUUGGAAUGCCGACGAUAGAUCGCUGAAUAUAUUCGUCAAGGAAGAGGACAAACUGACGUUCCACAGGCAUCCAGUUGCCCAGAGCACGGACUGCAUCCGGGGGAAGGUCGGAUUUACGAAGGGUCUCCACGCUUGGGAGGUCUGCUGGUCGACGCGCCAAAGGGGUACUCAUGCCGUAGUAGGAGUCGCCACCGCGGAAGCCCCGUUGCACUCUGUAGGCUAUCAAAGUCUCGUUGGGAGUACGGAUAUGUCUUGGGGCUGGGAUUUAGGUAAUAGUCGCAAUAAACUCUAUCACGACUCGAAGAACAAUGUUGGCGUCACGUAUCCCGCUCUACUGAAGCCUGACGAAACGUUCAUAGUUCCUGACCGCUUCCUGGUGGUGCUGGACAUGGACGAAGGCACGCUGAGCUUCGUCGUCGACGGUCAGUAUUUGGGAGUCGCGUUCAGAGGCCUGAAAGGACGCAAGCUCUAUCCCAUUGUUUCCGCCGUGUGGGGACACUGUGAAAUAACAAUGAAAUAUAUUGGAGGCCUUGAUCCUGAACCCCUGCCAUUGAUGGACUUGUGUAGGAGGGUGAUACGACAACGGUUGGGAAAGAACCACCUGGAAGGUAAGGUGACGUUGCUAGCGUUGCCUGCGGCCCUUCAAACCUACCUGCUGUACCAGGACCGCAGAUAAUACGUGCUGCAGCUGCACGUCGAGGAGGAGCAGUCUCGCAGCACUCACUGACAUAGCUUUAGAUGACACGCGAUCCUCAUCACGGAACUCAAACUACUAUAUGUAUAAUAAAACCAGGAUAAACAAAAAUGAGAAUAAUGAAAGAAAAAAAAAAUAACUAAUGCAAAUUGUAUAACGGACUAUUUAAAGUAUAUACAUAUAUAGAAAAGAGAAACUGCAAAGAAAAAAAAAAGAAGUAAUGUAAUGAAGAAGAAAGAAUGAAGAAGAUGAUGAUGAAGCUGAAAGAAAGACACAUGUAAUAAUAUGAUCAAAGCUGAUUUGACGACUAUUUGUUGUACAGAUUUAAUUCUUAAUUGUAACAUUUAAAACAAUAUUAUAUAAUGCGACUGCGGCACCGCCGGACGGACAGACCCACAAAACACACACAACAAAUUAAGCUUAUUACGUUAUCGAUUGAUUUUGAAGCAAUAAGAGAGCAACGGAGAAACUACUGUUGAUGGAUAUACAUACCUACGUAAACGUUUAAGAUCUCAUAAUUAAUAUAGAACGCAAAAAAAAAAGUUUAACACUAUAAUGAUGAUGAAGAAGAUGAUAAAAAAAAACGAGAGUAAAUAAGAGGUUUUUGUUUUGUUUUGCGCGCCAGUUUUUGCCAAAGAAGAAGGAUUCUCAGCCUUCCUCCACUCCUACUACCCACUUUUGACAUAUGUUCAUUUGCAAUGACGCCCAUUCAAGUAACAAUUCGAUAAAAUUCAAUGUAGAAAGGAAGGAAACUGUGCGCAGAGCAAAAAAAUAAUUGUCAGGACAGAAUAUAUUGACGGGAUUUAGAAGGGAAACAAGCAAAAAAAAAAAGCAAACGAAUGAUUGAAAAAGAAACGUGUACAUACCAAUGUUUAUUUUUUAGGACUAUUGUAUAUAAUAUGUAUUUCUUUUGUUUUUGUAUUCCUUAUGAUUCUCCUUUUAAAAGACGAGAAAACAUUUAUUUAAAAAAACCUUGAUAGUCUGUCCGUCUAUAGAGGACUCUUUCGGUAUCUUAUGCGGAUAAAUUAAUUGUGACUGUUUGUUUUUCUUUUAGGACGAGGAAAUGAGAUGAGGCGUGUUUAUUUUCUAUUGUAAUCUAUGUUGUUUUUUUUUUGUUUAUUAUUAUUAUUAUUUUUUUGAUUCUGACAAAGAAAGAACAUGUAAUAACUACUUCGUAGCUUAAGUGCUGAAGCGCGACACCAAAAGCGUUUUGAUUAUUUUAAAAUGUUUUUCUUUUUAUUUUUUGUUAGACUUAUUUUUGUAAAUAUUUCUUAUUAUUAUUAUUAUUAUUUUGUUAGUUAAGUGCCAGUUUAGUAAUCUAUAAGUAUUUUUUUCCUUUUCUUCACAAUCUCUCUCUGUUCAAGUGACUGUGUUGGACGAUAUUCGGAGCGCGAGUGUGAGAGUGUUUGAUAUCAUGAUUUGCCCCCCAUGGAACACGACAAGAAAAUAAGAAAACUGUCCCCCCAAACUCCCAUUACUUUAGUUCUUAAGAUUAGUUGUAUUAUCGUGUUUUUUCUCGCGAAGAGAGAGAGAACGCGCCAACGCGAUUUAUUUUCUACUACUAUGAAACUCCCCCAAACUCCCCCCAAUUUAUUUGUUCCCCCCAAAAAAAAAAUCUAGUUGUAUUUGGCGUUUAAUGUGUUCUUUAUUUAAAUACCAAGAUUUCGCAGCCAAAUUUUGAACGCAAACAAAAAAUAAUAAAUACGAAAUAGUGAA